AAUGGAGAAAAUAACAGAGAAACUACUGCUGGAGAAAGGUUCUCCCAAAACCAACAAACUGGACAAAAUCAAGACACUGAAUCUGUCCAAGCUCCAACUGAAGCAUCAGGAUUUGCCCGUCAAGCUGCUGUCCGGUCUCAGGUCCCUUGAGCGCUGGGAUCUGUCUGGGAACAGAAUCCAAGAGUUUCCCAAGAACCUGGAGCUGCCGGCGCUCCGCUACCUGGACCUCAGCGACAACCAGAUGGAGGAUGUCACGACUCUGGAGUCUCUAAGCCAUCUGGAGGAACUGAAGCUGGAGGACAACCUUUAUAUCACGGUGAGUGAUAAUCACAAGCUGAUGGUCUUGUUACCCAAGCUGAGGAUGUACAACGGUAAAGAUGUCAGUACCAGUGCCAACCACCUACGCUUCGUCUACAGUGAGAACCUGAGGACCCGGACAAUCGCAGUUUGGGAGAAGAGCUUCUCUCUCCCGGAUCCGGUCACAGCCGAGAAGCUCACGACCCUGGAGAAGAACUUUGUCAAUGCCGCCCGACAGCAGGUUAAAUACGGACCCAGCUCAGUCUCUGACUUCACCAAAUGGAAGGUGGAGAUUAUAGCUAAAGAGUACCUGCUCUCUCUGGUGGAUCCAAAGAAAGAGCCGGAGAGCAACGAGGUCAUUGAGACCAAAGACAACUGUGAAAUCUCAACUCCUACCAAGAGGAAACAAUCUCCAGUAGCGGACGCCAACAUUAGACUGACGCCUCGCAAGAAGCUGCGUUCAGAUCUCCCAGAAUCCCCGGUCCAAGUCAGUCCUCGCAAAACUGCCCUCCGCCUCAAGUCUCAGACGCUAACCGACGGCGUCCGGAUGAGCCCCCGCAAGACCGAGCUGCCUCCCGUUACCCCCACCAGAGGGCGGCCGAGGAAGGACGCGCCCAAGAGGGCUUCUAAAAAAGAUGACACGGCCCAGAUUGAACAGGAGGAAAUUAUCAAAAGAAAAGUUUCUACUGCCACAAGGCUGCCAAAAUAUGUGAUGCCGAUAGUGAAGAGCUGCAGCAAGCCGUUGCGUCUGAAGCCUCUCCACGUGCUCCAGUGUCACAGUAAACAGGACAACUCAGACGACUUCUCCACUCAGCUGUGGGCCUGUGCUUUCCAGCCGCUGCCAGAUUCCACAGAUGAUUCUGCUGGAAGCCGCCUGGUAGCAACCUGUGGAGGAGACUCAGUCUGUGUGAUUGACUGUGAAACGGGGAUGGUGAUGAAGAAGUAUAAAGUUUCCGGAGAGGAGUUCUUCUCGUUGGCCUGGUCCACGGUGUUGAUGUCCCGGGGAGGGGGGGCCCCGGCGCAGCACUGCAGCAUCCUGGCGGCCGGUGGAAAGAGAGGACUGGUCAAACUGAUCCACCCCAGAAACAACGUGGCCUAUGGGGAGUUCAGAGCCAGCCGCAAGGCGCUGUCCGUCCUCCGCUUCAACCACCAGCAGGGAAACUUCCUCUUCACCGGAUCUUAUGACAACAAGAUCGUGAUGUGGGACAUCGGGGGAGUGGACAGCCAGUACAACUACAAAGUUGUUCAGCUGAUGCUAUUGGAAACCAGCGCCACCCCCCUGCACAUCUGCCUCCCGCCCACGUCGCCCAGCACUCACCUGCUCACGGCCUGCGAGGACGGCCUGCACUGCUUCAACACACAACUCGGUAACAACAGCACCACCAAGAGUAGGUCCAAGGAGAUGGAGAUAACUUUCCCCAUUUAUAAGAAGGAAGACAAAGAUCAUGACUACCACACUGUUGAUGGCCUGAGUUUCCUUGCUAAUGACAUAGUUGCCUCCAAGAACCACCUGCACGGUUCUAUCUACUUGUGGAGCUGGAGCAGGACAAAGGCUCAGCGGCCGGACAAGAAGAACAGGACGGUGUGUGCUGUGGUUCUGGCUGAGCUGCAGUGGGCCAACACAGAGAUUCCAUACCUGGCUCUCAACACCUGCCCCGGACAAGUCUACGUCGUGUGUGGUGACGACAAAGGACGACUGUGGACGUACCACAUCACCGACCUCCAGAACAACCGGUUCCAGAGCGGGAAACCCAUUCAGCCCACUGAGGUGUUGGACUGGCCGACGCCGGUGAAGAAGGGUCACAGCCAAGUGGAGGGCCCCUCCAUCAACAGUGUAGCAAUGGACCCUGAGCUACGCUACCUGGUGGCCCUCAGCGACAAGAACAUGGUGAUAGUGUGGAAAAGAGACGAGUGCUCCUGAAGAGAGCAGUCGUGGGACUUUAACUCCUGAAGGGAAAGCAUACAAGUGAUUAGAGUUUCUGUACCGAGGAGAGAACAGUAGAGAAUGUACCAAAUGUUGGUAUAUGUGAGAAUACGUCCGAUACAGAACUGACAAUGUGAUGGAACGUUACGAUGUCUGUUCCUGGAUGUUUCUCCAGGAUCUGUUUUUUUUUAUAUAUUUCCCUCUGUUUGUGUAAGGAAGGUCAUGUUGACCCUGCUGCUGCAGUUACAUCCGUCAGAGCCAAAAAAACCCAGAUAGUUUAAAGUUGUACAAUAAAAUUAUCUAUAUUUUCUAUUUGAAAAAUAUCUCAUUCUACACACUAUCAUUUUAUACUGAAAAGUCACAACUGAAGCCAAUAGUUGAGUUAAGUAGGGAAAAUAGUUAUGGAUUGUCGGUAUGUGACAAAUCAUCAAUACAUUUUUAUGAAAGUACAAAUCCCCUAAAGUCCAACCUCAACAAAUAUUUGUUUUUGUUUGAGUCCUUUGCUCAGUUUCACGUCAUGGUUUCAGUUUAGUUUUAAUGAAGUGGCUCUGUGUUAAUUAUUACUCUCCUCAGUUGUAAUGAGAAGCUGCUGACACUUGUACUUUGUUGUUCUUUUACUUAAUGAGUAAACCUGAACAUGGUCCUUUUCACAACUGUGGUGAGGUCAAGUAACCGAGAGAUGGAUGAGAUAUCUGUCCAGCAUCUGUUUUCAGUCUUGCAUACAAUUUCUGCAUUUUUAAUUAUAUUUUCUUCUUUCCUUGAAAUGUACAUAUUUAUUUUUAAAUCUGCACAUGUAUGAACUGUUUAAAGACCAGCCUUGGACCUGUCUGUGUAAUGGCGCCUUGUAAUGUGCUGAGAUGUUCAGGAAUGCAAACGCAGCAGUGUUGGCUGCUCUGCAAGGACAAAGUGAAGAUGCCUCUGGAAAGUGAUUCAGCGUGAGAACGGCGUGUUCCUUCCUGUGUAUUUACACAGAUCCCAACACACAGUUUUAUCCCAUACAACUUUACUGAGCCUGAGUAUUUGUACCAGUUUUGUACAUUGACUUUAUUCAUUUAAUUAAAAAAAGACUU